AAUUUGGAAACCAAUCAUUACUCAGAGUCCUCACCUUCCAAACCCGGCAAGAUCGUCCCCCUCUCUCUCUCUCCCUCUCCCUCUCUUUCUCUCUACAGACAAAACAUACUGUAUUCGUCCCACUAUACAUUUACUCACGAAUGGACAAAUCAGAGUACAAAUCGAUGGCACCUACUUCUUCUUCGCCCCGAAAGGUUUGAAAUCCCCGCGUGCAUCUCUUCUCUGUCUACAUACAUAUUCACUCGUAUGAUUCGUAUCACAUCUUUCCCUAAAAAAAAAAAAACUGCGAGUCUAGGGUUUUGUUCAUUCCCAUGGCCCACAGAGACCGAUUGCAUACUCGAUUCGUGUCGUCGCGGGGUACCAGUACCUCUAGGGUUAGGGUUUUUCUCUCUCUCCUACUCCUCAGGGUUUUCUUCUCAUUCCUAGGUCCGCAAUCUCUAAUCUAAACCUCUAGGCACUGUUGGUCUGGUACUGUUUAGUGUUACCGAAAUCUGCUUCUGUCUCUGGAGAUAGAUAGAAUCGUGUUGCUUUUUAUUUAUUGGGUCGAAGGUGGUGUUGGUUCCGGCAGUGAAUGAUGAGAGGAGAGAGAAGAUUUGGAGGAGACGUUAGAAUCAGGUCUCCACCUAGGGUGGGCUACCGAGGCGGCAGGGACUACUCACCGCCACGCGGGCGAACUAACUCUCCUAGGCGAGCCGGUACGAGAGGUCGGGACUAUCCGCGAAACCCUAGGACCGGGUCUCCGCCUCCAGUCGGUAGGCCAAUCCGGGAGUCUCGGGACUAUCCGCGAAACCCUAGAACCGGGUCUCCACCUCUAGUCAGUAGGCCAGGCAGGGAGACUCAGGACUUAUCGCGGCCUUACGAUGGGUCGCGUGAAAGGCGUUUACGCAUAUCUGGUGAUGUGGAGAAGCCGAGGAGUGAUUAUGGCUGGCGUUUGGGUGAUGACGAUAGAGACGAGCAAUCGCAGAAACAGUCGCGGUUUAAUGAUGAUUUGUCACAAAAGUUCCAAUGGGAACAUCUUUUCGACGAAUCAAAAGGGAUGAAUGGCAACGCAAAUCACAGCUCAAAGCAUUACCCUGAUUAUGGUAUUGGUACGACUUUAACUGGAGUGACUACUGAAAGGAGUUAUCAGAGUGGUGGAUUGGCAGAGACUGGCCUCUCUGGGACGAGAGGGGAGAAACUGGUGUCUAUGGAAGUUGAGAGGGGAAGAAAUUUCCCUGCAUCAUACCCUCUUGAAAGUGGCACCCAGAGUGGUUAUGGAAUCGAUGGUGGUGGUCUUUCGUUGCAAUCUCAAAAGCUUUUGAAUAGUGGUCUUCACGAGAAUGAAGACCUCCGGUUUCGAGACCAAAUGCCUGCUGAUAAACUACCAGCAAGUGAAAUAUACAAAGGAGAAGAAUUUUCCAAAUUCUACUCAAGGCAAGAGAAACCCCCCUUCUAUUCGAGGGAUACUUCUCGUUACGCAAUACCAUCAUCUCAGCCCCAGGGAUCGAACUCUGUCCCUUUCGGAAGAUCGAUGGACGAUUUCCAUGAUUCUCGUGGCGAUGGUUUCCCUGCUCGUUCAGAUGGAUUCAAUAGGAGUUCAGGAGUGCUUACUGAUCCGGUUCCCCACGAGGCAUACACUCAUAUUCCUCGUUUGAAGUCCUCUAGAGAUGCACUAUUGCAACUAGAUGAUACGACCGAAUACAGGCAGGUUCAGCUUAGUGGAAAUGAUGGCACACGUGGGGGUUAUACAUAUCCUGAAAUGAGGAGAAGCGAGAAAAGUGAAAUGGCUUCACUGUCUGAUAAACUUUAUGGGAAGAUGGCUGGUGUUGAAAAUGACUACGGCCAUGUCGACUCUUUAGGUCCCAGAAGAGUGGAGCCUAUCAGAGACAGGAUAGUUGUUACAGAGGGUUCUCAUAGAGAACAUGUGAUCGGAGGCACGACAUGGGACCCGUAUCGUUCUUCACUAGAGCGACCAAUCUCCAAUUAUCUGGAUGCAUCUGGACCAUUGUUUGUGAGUAAGAAUGAUGGGGAAGCGUUGGAUCAUGGAAGUAUACAUCACAAGUAUGAUCGAGAUGUAUAUCGAGAGCAUACAAACAAUUACAUGAGAGAAGACCAUGGUUAUGGAAGAGAUGCUGGUCUUCAGCCUGAAGACGAGAUAUUGAAUAUGUCGUCGAUGACAGGCUAUGAUCCGGGCUUGGAUGGUAUUGAUGAUGACAUUCAAGAGGGGUUGACAGAGGAGGAGCUAGAGUUUAUUGAGCAACCUAAAAGGAUGCAAAAACGGAAACUCAAUGUUGAGACGGAACUAACUAGGAAAAACCCGAGAAGUAAGUUCUCCAAUAAAAGGAAUAUCUCUGGCAAGAUUCAUAAUACCAAUCCAAGUACCUCAGUGUUUAGUCCCUCACGAUACAGAAACAUUGGAGGGACUAUACAUGGCGUUGGUCAUAGAAAUUCCAACCGUGUUGCAUAUGGUGGGCCGUCGUGUAAUCCGUGGCAAUUAAAAUCUACUAGUAGAGAUAUAAAAAAGCGACUGGGUCCUAGUUUUAGAGAUAUAAAGAGGCGACUAGGGCCUGUUGGACCUGGUCCUCAAGAGGCCAAUAUGCCACACCCUUCAGUGAAAAAACGCAAGGUGCAGAAGUUCUUGAAUAUGAAUGGAGAUGAUCAUCAUGAAAGUGUUCAUGCUGAAGAGGAAGGACCUUCAGAUGGUAACCUCCCCCCUGUGAAGUCCGAGCCACGUGAAGAAUCAGAGGAAUUUAAGCAGCUGGUGCAAGGAGCAUUUCUCAAGUUUGUCAAACAGUUGAAUGAGAAUCCAGGGCAUCGCAGAAGACUGAAAAAGCAAGGAAAAGCGGGUAGUUUGAAGUGCACCGUUUGUGGCAGCGACUCCGAAGAGUUCACGGAUACAGAAAGUCUGGCUGUGCAUGCCUGCACAGUUCCAAAGGUUGGGCUGAGAGCACAGCAUUUGGGUUUCCACAAGGCGGUUUGUUCCUUAAUGGGAUGGAAGAGUGCAGAGAUCCUGAACAGUCAGUGGGUAUGCCAGCUAUUACCUGAUGCUGAAAAUGUGGCUCUGAAGGAAGACCUCAUUAUCUGGCCUCCAGUUGUGUUCAUUCAUAACAGUUCCUUAGGAGACAUUAAUCCAGAUGGACGUGUAAGUGUACCUGUUGAAAUGCUUGAGGGUAUACUGAGAGAUAUGGGGUUUGGUGAAAAGACCGAGGUGUGCCAAGGGAAACCUGCAAAUGCUACCAUGGUGGUGAAAUUCAGCGGCACAUUUUCUGGGUUUCAAGAAGCAGAGAAGCUUCACAAAUUUUAUGCUGACAAUAAACUUGGGAGGACUGAGUUCCAGAGUAUCAAUCCUAAUGACACCGGAAAGGCAUCAGCAAGCAAGGUUGAAGAGUUUCUGUACGGGCAUCUGGGAAUUGCCGACGACUUGGAUAAACUUGAUUUUAUUACUAAGAAGCGGCGUUUUGUAAGGAGCAAAAAGGAGAUCCAGGAGAUAGCUGAUGCCCCGCUAAAGACUGAAUGAGAGGGAGUGAAAUCGCCGGUAGUGUUGAAUAUAAGUAGCUUGUAGAUGGGUUUUGACAUCAAAUGCUAGGGAUUACAGUUACAAACAAACAUACUAACUGUCUAACAAGUCGUGGGGAGUUCGUGGUUGGACCUAUUAAGGCUUGUGAGAGUUAGUUCAUUUGUUUGUGCAAUUGUUGAUGUUUUUGAAUAUUUUACCUUUGGAAUUUGCUGCAAAAAGCUUUUGCAGUUACUUUUGACUGAAACGAUGCACAAUCGUGUUAUGGUCUGUAGUUGAUGGUUAAGGAUUCUAAGCUUAAUGGCUGCUAAAUGGAGGUGGUAUAUUUUGGGCUUGUGAACUUUUACUAUUUUAAUACACAUUCACACUUGUUAUUAGAA